GUAUGGAUCCAGCAACACAAUUUUGGUCUAAUAAGUGCGUCGCUUGCAAUGUGCCGGGUCGCGUAGACAAAAAUUACGACGUAGCAGUUGAAUUAUCAAUGCAAAGAUUACUCGAAUGUGAAGCUGAGCAUCCAACACUGAAAUACCAGCUAAAAUGUCGAAAGACGGCUGCUUUGAAAAUAAAAGAAGGCAACAAUUACUAUUUAACCCAAGGAAAAAAUGGUUUAGCUCUGGUGUCAUACACUGAGGGCAUAGCUUACGCGCCGCUGAACUCCAAGGAGCUGGCAAAAGGUUACGCGAACAGAUCAGCAGUAACCUGCGAGCUUGGUCUCCACCAUGAUUCGCUAAAAGACAUUGAAAGAGCUUUAGACAUUGGUUACCCAGAUGAUCUAAAAGCCAAGUUAUUUGCUCGCCGUGCGAGGAACUUGCUGUCGCUGGACGAAGACAUGCGGCCUGAAGUGGAAUUAGCCAUGGCUGAAGCUCGUCGCUGGGCGAAUUUAAUGACUUUCCCUCAGAAGAGGAAAAUAUUGAAUGUAUUAAAUAAUAUCAUGGACUUUGUUGCAAUUUCUGAUUUUCCCGAAGAUCGUCAUAAUUUUACUACGACAAGUAACAAUUCUAAAAUUCUUCGAGCAUCAGACUUCAUUGCUAUUAAAUAUAAUGAUAAAUUCGGUCGCCACAUUGUCGCUACUAGAAAUAUUGAUGCGGGAGAGACUGCAUUUGUUCACGAGUCUUAUGCAGCGGUAGUAACUCCCGAGCAGUUUUAUCGCUUCUGCUGGUACUGCUUGAAAAAAGUUUACUCUGGUAUUCCUUGCCAUCAGUGUGUCAACGUGAUCUAUUGCGAUGAAGAUUGCCUCGAUGCAGCCUGGAAGGAACAUCAUCAUAUCGAAUGUCCUAUGAUUACGUCAAUGGUUUCGGAAAAUAUGAAAGAAAAAGAAUUUUUGGCUCUGAGGAUGUUUAUAAAAGCUUUCAAGGAAAUGGGCUCUGUUAAAAAUUUGCAAGAUCAUGUCAGGAAAUUAAAUUCCAUUAACGAUCCAAUCAACAAACUUUUGACUGAUGGUGUUUUUGAUGAUACAAAAUACGCAAGUGUUUUUGGAUUGACAUCAGAUACUUCGUUUGUUUGGUCUUCUCCUAGUUACACUUAUCAUUUGAAGAGCAUCUUUAUUGUCUAUUAUUUAGCAGCGACUAGUGACAAUAUAUUGGACAGAAAGAUAACUGUUUUCAAAGACCUGGCUGAUGAUCGACAAACUUUGUUCAUCGCAAGCUUGUUACUCAAGCACUUUGAUAUUAACUUGAUGAAUGCACAAAAAUCGGAAAUCUCUGACUAUGAUGUUGAAGAAGAUCAUUUCAACCGAGGAAUAAUGCUUCUGCCACUGAUGAGCUUGUUCAAUCACAGCUGCGAUUUCAACAUGUGCUAUUAUAUGUCAGGCCAUAAAGUAGCGCUUAAUGCUGUCAAGAUGAUUAAAAAAGAUGAACAAUUAACUAUCAACUACGGCGCAGACUUUCAAUUAAAACAAACGCAUGCCCGAAAAUCCUUUUUACAGACGCGCUAUAAUUUCACAUGCGACUGUGUUGCUUGUGUAAAUGAUUGGAGCCCUGAUUCUGAAUUUCCCUUCUUUUAUGCAAUAACAUCUCCAGAAAGUAUGUCAAGAAUUCUGGACGCAGUUGAAGAGAACUUCGAGCAGGAUUUGUCAAUUUUAGGUUUGGCUAACGCGACAGAAAUUGUUGAGAAUUUUAAUUCUCACAGACUCCGGGGUUUACUGAAAAUAUUGAAAGUCUAUGAUGAAGAAGGAAUAAAGUUUCCAUCCAAAGAAUCCAGUAUAAUAUCCAUAAUAUAUCUCCCACACGUGGUUUCAAUCCAGCCAGCCAUUUUCCCGUCUGUAAAGAAGCAAAAAGCCGCAAGUAAGGUUGUAAUAAAUUCCAUUAUUGCAAGAUAU